AUGCCCGACAUGCACGCGGUCUUCAACUCUGCUUCGUCACCGAAGCUCGACCUCUCAAAUGCGCCUUCUCAGCUAUUCCAAGUCCCAGCCUCCACGGCUUCUACGUCGCUCUUUUCUCUCUCGCUCAGUCGCAAGCGACCACGUCGUACCACAGAGAAACUUUCACCGCAUUUUGAGUGCAAUUUCACCGAGUCCCCGAUGAUCCACCCCAGCUACCGCUCAGUAAGCGUAAGUGGGGACAACGAUUUCCUCGCGUCAGCCGAGCUAGACUACCGUCCGAACCGAUAUCGCGAAUCCUUCCUCCCACCUUCCUUCGAUUCCAGCGACGAGUCUGCGAACCUAGCAGACUACAAUGGCAGUCGCAAGCGUAGCCGCCGCGACUCUGACAUCAUAGCCGCAAGCCCCGAUGGCUCCAAUCCCACCACACCCACAGGCUGGGGUCGGACCGUGAUCAAAGCCGUGAGCAAAGUUAUCGAUCUAUGCUGGAGUGGUGCAUUCCGAGGGUUCUAUGCAGGAGGAGGUCAGGGCUACGACAUGUCCUCCAGCCCAGCAACACCUCUCGAAUCCAGCUGUUUGUCCUCAGCCAGUCCAUCCUCUGAGAAGGACAUGUCCAGCCCAAACUCAUUCUGUUCGACACCCAUCCCCGGCCAAUAUCCAGACGACCAGGUUGAUCGGAGCUGGGUCGUGGUCCCGGAGAGCUCUGAUGCAAUCAUGGGCGGCGAGCUUGCUAGCCCGUCACUCCGCACACGACGCGCUUUCCAGGCAUCGAGCACUCGUCGCAAAUCCGCCGUGAUGCCCCGGCUUGCUAAACGGGUCGCUCAUUCUUCUGUUGGAUCCCACUCGCAGGGAGGUCUGCCACCCCCUCGGGUGAGGGAUACUCCUGCAUCUGCUGAUAUGCAGCGACAGGCUGCUAAGAUGCGCCGGAAGGAACGAGAAGAAGAUGCCAGUAUCCAGCGAUUGAAUAUGCAGUUGCAGGCCAUGAUCCGCGAAGGGAAAGAAGCGUUGGGAACGACGGUAGUAGUGGACGAUAUGGACAUGUAUGAUGACUCUGAUUAG